UUAAACUAAUUAAAUAAACUCAAAUCAAUCAACAUUCAGAUUGUCGUGUCCCCAUCUCUACCAGAGCCACACAUGAAACAAUCACCCCUCUCGAUCUAAACAUUUCAAAACCCUCAAUCGGAUCCAUCAAACUCAACUUAUCAAACAACAAGUUCUUUGAUAGCUGAAUAUGGGUGCGGAGAAAAACAAUGCCAGCAUGGAGGAAGGAACACUUGAAAUUGGAAUGGAGUAUAGAACUGUCUCUGGAGUUGCUGGGCCACUGGUCAUUCUUGAUAAAGUGAAGGGACCAAAGUAUCAAGAGAUUGUCAAUAUCCGUUUAGGAGACGGAACAACAAGACGUGGUCAGGUUUUGGAAGUUGAUGGAGAGAAAGCUGUUGUCCAGGUCUUUGAAGGAACAUCUGGAAUUGACAAUAAAUUCACAACUGUGCAAUUCACUGGGGAGGUCUUGAAAACUCCAGUUUCUAUGGAUAUGCUGGGGCGCAUAUUCAAUGGCUCUGGGAAGCCAAUUGAUAAUGGCCCUCCGAUUUUGCCCGAGGCUUAUCUGGAUAUUUCUGGAAGUUCUAUCAAUCCUAGUGAGAGAACAUACCCUGAAGAAAUGAUCCAGACUGGUAUCUCCACAAUCGAUGUGAUGAAUUCAAUUGCUAGAGGACAAAAGAUUCCUUUAUUUUCUGCUGCUGGUCUUCCCCACAAUGAGAUUGCUGCUCAGAUCUGUCGUCAAGCUGGUUUGGUCAAGCGCUUGGAGAAAACCGAUAACUUGCUUGAGAGUGGUGGAGAAGAGGACAACUUUGCAAUUGUUUUUGCAGCUAUGGGUGUGAACAUGGAAACUGCACAGUUUUUCAAACGUGAUUUCGAGGAAAAUGGAUCAAUGGAGAGAGUGACACUUUUUCUAAACCUUGCGAAUGACCCAACAAUCGAACGUAUUAUCACUCCUCGUAUUGCUUUGACCACAGCAGAAUAUUUAGCAUAUGAAUGUGGGAAACACGUUCUUGUCAUCCUAACCGACAUGAGUUCUUAUGCUGAUGCUCUUCGUGAGGUGUCUGCUGCUAGAGAGGAAGUGCCAGGAAGGCGUGGGUAUCCCGGUUAUAUGUAUACUGAUCUGGCAACAAUCUACGAGCGUGCUGGAAGAAUUGAAGGCCGAAAGGGCUCUAUUACGCAGAUUCCAAUUUUGACUAUGCCCAAUGAUGAUAUCACACAUCCCACUCCUGAUCUUACGGGUUAUAUUACUGAAGGACAGAUAUAUAUCGACAGGCAGCUCCACAACAGACAGAUUUACCCUCCGAUCAAUGUGCUUCCAUCACUAUCUCGAUUGAUGAAGAGUGCUAUUGGUGAGGGGAUGACUCGCAGAGACCAUUCUGAUGUCUCCAAUCAGCUAUACGCAAAUUAUGCCAUUGGUAAAGAUGUCCAGGCCAUGAAAGCAGUCGUGGGAGAAGAAGCUCUCUCUUCUGAGGAUUUGCUAUACUUGGAAUUUUUAGACAAGUUUGAGAGGAAGUUUGUGGCACAAGGAGCGUACGACACAAGGAACAUCUUUCAGUCACUGGACUUGGCAUGGACACUACUGAGGAUCUUUCCGCGUGAGCUUCUUCACCGUAUUCCAGCCAAAACCCUUGACGCCUUCUAUAGCCGUGAGGCGACCAACUGAAAACAACAACCGACACCUGUUCCUAGUUAUUUGUUGAACCUGGCAGGCAUGGAAUAAAACAAAAAGAGUUAUGUUUUUGUGUUUGAUUUUGUUGGAAACCUAAGCACCUCGGCUGUUGAUUGCUUUUCCAUAAGAGGCAGUUAGGUUGUGUAAUGUAUUGUUUGUUUGUUUGUUUAAUAUUUAUUUAUUAGCAGACAUUUAUUAUUGUUUUUGCAGACAGUCAUCAUUCAUUCAUUGCCUGCUUGUAUGGGACCAUUUGUUCCUACUGAAUGCCAGUUUAUUGUUUGAUUUAUUUUGCAAAUUUAUUUAUAUUUGAAUAAA